GAAACGCAUGUAAAGGGAAAUCACACAUGGGGUCUGGGAGGAAAUCCAGGCUCAUGAAGACCGUGCAGACGAUGAAGAGCUAUGGGAACUACCAGAACUGUACCAUAGUGAGGCCACACAUCCCGCACAGCUAUGGCACAUAUGUGACGCUGGCUCCCAAAGUGCUGGUGUUCCCUGUCUUCGUGCAGCCCCUAGAUCUUUGCAACCCUGCCCGGACUCUGCUUCUGUCAGAGGAGCUGCUUCUUCACGAGAGCAGAAGCAGGACUACACAGGUGACCCUCUUUGUCUACUCCGACCUGCUGCUCUUCACCAAGGAGGAUGAGCCUGGGCGCUGCAACGUGCUGAGGAACCCUCUCUACCUGCAGAGUGUCAAGCUCCAGGAGGGUUCAGAAGAUCGGAAAUUCUGCAUCCUUUACCUUGCAGAGAAGUCGGAGUGCUUAUUAAGUUUGGAGGCUUACUCCCAGGAGCAGAAGAAGAGGAUCUGCUGGUGUCUGGCUGAGAACAUCACCAAGCAGCAACAUCCGGCAGCGGCUCCUACGGAGAACAAGAUGCUGGAGACAGACGCUGAGAAGCCAGGGCAGAUGCACUCGGAGGACGGGAAGGCAGCAGCGGGCGAUGCUCCUCCGGUCGCAGACGCACCGGCUCCGGUGGAGCCCUGGGAGGCUCUAGGAGCUUCCCAGAGACCUCUCCUGGUGGAAAAGCAGCUGGUGGCCACCGAGAAGGGAAAGGAGCAGCCCAGCUCUCUGCCAACCUUCAUCAUCCCUGAGCUGCGGCUUGACAGCACCUUCAGCCAGAGUGCGGCCGGCGUGGCAGGCAGCACCACGGACGGCGAGGACGAGCAGGAGGACGAUGAGGAGGAAGAUGAGGACGAGGAGGACGAGGAGGAGGACAGCGACGAGCACUACUUGGAGAGGAAUGAGGUGAAGCGCAGCAGCAUGAUUGAGACGUCAGGCUGUCAGCCCGUCUACACGCUGAGCGUGCAGAGCUCCCUGCGGCGCCGGACCCACAGCGAGGGCAGCCUGCUGCAGGAGGCCAAGAGCCACUGCUUCACCUCCGACACCACCCUCAACUGCUCGGACAGCCAGGCCACCACGGCCCACUGGGCUCUGCCCUCCCCCAGGACCCUCAAGAAAGAGCUUGCCAAAAACGGCGGCUCCAUCCACCAGCUCGCCCUGCUCUUCUCGGGCCACAGGAAGCUGAGCGGAGCCGACCCUGAAUGCAGCUGUGACGAAGGAGAUGAGACCUCCCGCAAGAAACGGAGCAGGAACCUGUAA